ACCACUGCUGUAGUCGUAUAUUAUGGUAUAGUACGUGUGUUGCGCUACGGCGACUGUCGGCACUCGGCAGUGUGCUAUCCGUACGCGUUCGCUUCGCACGUGUUCCGAAGUGUUGCGUUUUCGCCGCCGUCAGACUCCCGUCGCCGCGGUCCGAGUUUCCGCGCGCGCGGUCGCGUGUUCAUAAUAUUAAUACUAUUGAUUACUAUUAUUUUUAUUUAUUAUUUUUACCGAAUAUUUUUCAAACACCCGUAACCUUCUGUCACUAUUUUAUAUCGACCGUAAAUUAUUUACGAAAGGUUUACCGGCGGUUACGCGUGUGAAAUAACAAUAACAAUAUUAUGUUUUUAUCCGCCCCCGACGACGCGACGUGCGUCCCAGACCGUACGGCCGAUAGCACGUAGUUUUGUUGAGCGGUAAAACCGAUUGGAAUAAUUUUAAAAAAAUUUGGUCGUUCCGGUGUUAUCAUAGACGCGACUACAGCUGCAUACGGAAGUACCUGCUGCACACCUCGCUGUCCACAGCUUUGAGCUUCCGAGAGUCGUUCCCUCACGUACCUCUGUGAUGGCCGUCCACAAGUGCACCGCCGCCGUGUUGUGCGUUCUAGCGACAACUUUGGCGACCGCCACGCUAGCAGCCCGGAAACAAUCGCCUCUGCUCGAAGACAACGCCUUAACCAAGAAACCGUACAGGGUGACAGAAUGCCAGUUUGGCAAACAACUCAAAGAAAUCGGGUCCAUUUGGUUCGCGGACUUGGGGCCACCUUUCGGUGUCAUGUACUGUAUAAAAUGCGAAUGCGUACAGGUUCAAAAGAAAAGAAGAAUUAUUGGCCGGGUGCAAUGUCGGAACAUAAAAAAUGAUUGCCCUAAACCCAAUUGUGAAGAACCCAUAUUAUUGCCAGGAAAAUGUUGCAAAUCAUGCCCAGGAGAAGAUGCCAAGGAUUUUGUUCAAGAUCCGCCAGAUGAAGAAGAAAAGAGCAUGAAACAUUUUGCUGCUGUAUUGACUGGUCAAUCAAUAAAAUCAAGUAGUGACCUCCUCAGGAAGAUGGAUUUCCCACCGACGUCGUUGCAAGAAAUGGGAUUGGACUAUGUUGCAACCGGACGUUUUACGUUUUACAGAAAACAUUUAUAUUUUUCGUUUUAUACCAACAAACAUGACAGGCCUAGAAUGGUGCAGUUCGUUGACACCAAUGGCAACAUAAUUGAAGAAAUUGCAUUGCUAUCAAGCACCUCCUACCAGAACCUGACAGGCAAAAUUUGCGGAGUCUGGCGACGAGUAUCCAAAGACUACAAGCGUUUGCUACGCGAAGAAAAGAUAUCCGUAUCACUUGUCUGGGACACGGCUAUCAUCAGUGGCUCUCUUUACAGGUUUAGAGCGCUGGACACGGAGGCAUUCAGCUCGCUUCUCACGGGUGACGCUCGAGAUUCCGGCGGUACGAGCAUUGUGUCCAUAUCGACCAUAUCACCGUCCAUACACGUACAAAUCAUGUUCAACGGUCCAUUCACCGGCCGCCAAGACGGCGGGUCGUUCCUAGUCAAAUUGAAAUAUGCCGGAAACGACCGCACCAUUAUAGAAGAGACCAUAAGAGUGGACAAGCUCACAAACAGCACGACCGUCGUGGAAUUACAAUCACCCGUCACGUUUUCCGACCUCAACGCCUUGUCCAAACGAGACGUCGUCGUCACUCUGGAAGCCAAACAGUCGGGUUUCAAGUUGCAGGGAGUCGUGGUGCCCCGGGUGUCUUGCGAUCUCUACCAGACGUCGGUCACGUCCAACGGCCAUCAAAUGGACUCAAAAAAGGACAGGACCAGUGGCGUGGCUUGGGCGUUUAUUAAUAAGGACGGAGCGUUGGAGUAUCGUGUUAAAUUUGACAAUAACGCAGUCACUGAGUUGGCUAUUGUUUCUAGCGAGUCCCGUGUGUCGGCUCUCGAUAUAUCCGAGACAAUCGUCCAAAACUGGAGCAACGGGUCAGUGUCCACCGUGGGCCCGGUACACCUGGAACAGUUGUACUCCGAAGAGUUGAGCUUGUUCAGUGCGUCGUCCGGCUUUAAGAAUCGAUUUCUAUGGAGACCGGUGGCUGAUGCCAGAGACACGUCGGGCGCGAUGCUUUUGUCCAGCCCUGACGAACGGUCGAUGGUCGGAAUCUUGUGGAUGACCGUAGGUCCCGACUGUACGCUGCAAUAUGAAGUCGUCCUAUCCGGUUCUAACGUUAAAAACCGCAUCUUCGAGCUGUACAUCGAAGACUCUCCGAUUCUACUUCCCGGAGCACCGGUAUUCAGAAGACUUCUCGAGGAAUUUGAAGGGCCGACCCUCGAAGGGUACACUAUUGGCUUAGGCCAAGAAGAACUAUUACGGCUCAAUGUUAACAUCGUGCACGUGGACCUGUGGGAUCCGAAACUAGGACAAUCCAUGCUGAAAACCGAAUGGAAAUAUGUUAACGUUCCUGCAGUUUGUUAUGCUCGCGAAGCGGGCGAUAACGAUUCAAACAAUAUACUCAUGAACGAUGACGAAACAGACCAUCCGCACGCGUCUCAUUUAAGUUGUUUACACGGUCAAAAGUACUAUCAACAUGGCGCCCAAUGGACAUCCUUAGUAGACGAAUGUUUCAUGUGUAAUUGCCAUUACGGUAGAGUAAUAUGUGAUAUUAUAAUUUGUCCAGUAGUUCAAUGUGCAGUGCCUUCUGCCAAGCCAGGAAUGUGUUGUCCAACGUGUGAAGAUAACGCAUUUGAAAAUCAAAACAUUUCAACAAACUCUUGCUUACUAGCUGGACAGCAAUUUCAAGCUGGCAGUAGUUGGCAUCCAUAUCUACCUCCUAACGGUUUUGACACCUGUACACUAUGUCAUUGUAAUAAUACAUCUUUAAAAAUAAAGUGCCAACGUAUGGACUGUCCGCCAUUAGAAUGUGACCAAAGAGUGGCUAUUAGGGCAACCAAACGUUCCUGUUGUAAGGUUUGUCCAUCCACAUUGCAAACUACUUCAAAACCAACAGGGCCACUCGUUCAACUAGCCCAGGGUGAUCAACAAGUCAAUGGAGAGAGUGGUUCAGAUUUAGAAAUACUAACAAACGGUGGUUGCAGUUAUCCUGUCGGAGGUCCAUAUGAGAAUGGCCAAGAAUGGCAUCCUAAGAUAUACUCACAUGGUGAAGUCAAGUGCAUCAAUUGUAAAUGCAAAGAUGGAAAAGUGAGAUGUGACCGUAAAAAAUGUCCGAAGUGGUCUUCGUGUUCAGAUCCUUGUUGUAAAUCUGUUUGUCGAAGACAUAAACGUCAACUAUUUAAAUUUUAAAUAUAAA